GACCGUCCCAUCUUCUUCAACAACUUGAAAAUUCCACUCGCGAGCUUUUCAUUGUAUGAAGAGGACUAUACCGCAGCUUGUCCAUUGAACGCUUCAAUGUUGAAGUCGCUAAUGUAAUCACUCCCCGAAUACUGCAAUCAAGUCUCAACCAUGAACCCCCCGUUAUAGUUGCUGAAUCCAGAACCAAUCCCACGAUGCCUCUUCCACUAGCUCGCAAACUCCUCAUCUGCGCUGCCGUCGAUGGCCUCAUCAUCCAGCCGCUCGCGCCUAAAGGGCAACGGCCGUCGCAUUCUGUAAAAGUGAAGUAUGGAGAAGGCUCAGUCUCUUCAACGCGUGACCAGUUACCCGAUAUCUCAAAGCCCAAUUCGUCCUUCGAGGCUUUUGGCAUUAUAGGAUUGUUUACCGUAUCCCGCCUCAGCUACCUAAUCACUAUCACCGGUCGCCAAGAAGUUGCCCAAGUCCGCGGGUAUCCGGUUUACGUCGUCACUGAUGUCGCCCUUACUCCGUGCACGUCGCAAUCCGAAGCCGAAGAUGCGAUCAGGCACACGAGCAUACAGUUACUGAGGGCUGCUUCCGCUAAUAAUCGGAUCGACGAAGAAACGGAGCCAGACGACGUGCAGAGCGAUCGGGGCAGUGUCUCCGGUGAAUUUACCGGGCAAGAAACAAAAGCUGACAAGCCAAGAGAAGACGAGAGCAGGAGCAGUGUAGCAGAAGACGUCAUUAAACUUCGUGGCAGCUAUGGCCGCUUUGCGCAGCGGUGGUUUAGCCACAAGGGAUGGGUGCAAGACUCGAAACGAAACAUGGGCAUCAGCGAGGCUGCGCCCAAGACCCAAGAGGGUCUACCUGGUGCUGAAGACAAGAAAGAAGAGAUGGAAAAUAAGGCCCUGAGCAAAGCGGUGGUGACCGAGACAGCUAGCGCGGCCGUCGCUACGGCCGUGUCAACGGGCGAAAGUCUGUUGCCAAAGCUACUCCGGACGGCGCAUAUCUGGUUUGGCAGCAGCAAGAGCUUCUUCUUCUCGUACGAUGUGGAUAUCACACGGAAUCUUGCGAACUCGACAGGGCGAGGUGCAACGGCGCCAGACUCUCCGCUGCACAAGACUGCCGACCCCAAUUUCUUUUGGAACCGAAACCUGCUUCAACGCUUCUCAGCCGAGGACUUCCUGCUCCUGCCCCUGAUGCAAGGCUUCGUUGGCCAGACCUCCUUCAUCGUUGAUAAGAACCCACCCCAACAUGAUGACAAUGACAUCGAGGAUUCUCUGGAAUUGCGCGAGAUGCCAAGCCCACGGUUACCGGGAUCCGUGCCAGAUUCGCCGCCAUCAGAGCUGGAGCAGAAUUCCGUCGUUCUCAGGCCCAGCGAGAAGAAGUAUCUCAUCACCGUAAUUUCGCGCCGCUCGAUCAAGCGCGCUGGGCUGCGAUACCUUAGACGUGGUGUAGACGACGAGGGAAAUGCAGCCAAUGCGGUAGAGACGGAGCAACUGCUGUCGACUUCGGCUGGGGACGGUAAGAUAUUCAGCUUUGUGCAGAUCAGGGGCAGCAUUCCAUUGUUCUUCCAGCAAAGUCCGUACUCUCUCAAGCCUGUACCAGUAUUGCAGCAUUCCGAGGUGGUCAAUCUUAACGCAUUCACAAAACAUUUCGAGCAAUUGCAGAAAAAGUACGGGAAAGUACAACUGGUCAACCUGGUGGAGAAACACGGCCCGGAAGCCGUCAUUGGUGAUGCGUAUGCACGGAACGUCGAGAAGUACAACAAGGAAAUAGUUGAGGGGGGUGAGCAGGUUGGCUUCGAAUGGUUCGAUUUCCACUCCGCUUGCCGUGGCAUGAAAUUCGAAAAUGUGAACAUGCUGCUCGACACGCUGGGCCGGCAGAUCGAAGAGCUGAGCAGCACAGUCGAGAACAUUAGCAGCCAUGAAAUCACUCAGAAGCAGAAGGGCGUGCUCCGAACGAAUUGUAUGGACUGUCUGGACCGCACAAACGUUUGCCAGAGCUCAUUCGCCAAGUAUGUACUGGAAUUGCAGCUGAAGGAAGAAGGAUUCGACUUGGCGGCGCAGCUCGAUCAGAAGACAAGCUGGUUCAACAUGCUGUGGGCCGACAAUGGAGAUGCCAUCAGCAAGCAAUACGCGAGCACGGCGGCGAUGAAGGGAGAUUAUACCAGGACGAGGAAGAGGGAUUAUAGGGGCAUGGUGAAUGAUUUGGGCCUGUCUUUGACGCGUUUCUACAACGGUAUGGUGAACGACUACUUCAGCCAAGCCGCGAUCGACUUCUUCCUCGGCAAUGUCACCUUCAUGGUUUUCGAGGAGUUUGAGGCGACUAUGAUGACGAAAGACCCUGCCGUUUCUAUGGGAAAGAUGCGCGAGCAAGCCAUCGAGACCUCGCGGAAGAUAGUUGUCUCGGAUGACAGCGAGGACUUCAUUGGUGGUUGGACGGUGCUCAGCCCCCACCAGUCUAAUACCAUCAGGUCUCUCCCCAUGGAAGAGGUCGUUCUCCUAUUGACGGAUGCGGCACUAUAUCUCUGCAGAUUCAAUUGGACUUUAGACAAGGUGUCCUCUUUUGAACGCGUGGACCUUGCCCAUAUCGUUGGCCUCCAAGUUGGCACAUAUAUAACCUCGACAAUCUCACCGGCACAAGCAGAUGAGACAAAAAACGUCGGGCUGGUAGUCACAUAUGAACCAGGCAAGAACGACAUUAAGCGCGUGAACACGCGCUCUCUGUCCAGUAUCUCCGGGCCUUCGACGUCCGGCUCACCCGCCAGCCAGGAAGAAGGGGUGGCGAACCCCUCCGCUACAUCAGGCGGUAUCCUCGCACCUAUCUUCGGCGGAAGUGCCAAACAGCAGGCUCCACAACCACCCAGAAAAAUCGCGCUCAAAGCCUUGAAUGCAAGCAACAGUAUCGCUGAUGUCAGUCCGAAAACCACGACCAGAAUGACAGAAAUGGAACAAAUCGAAGUCAUCGCGGCCGAAAUUGAGAGGCUGGUGUCUGCCGACCAGCCCCAGGCAAAUCGUGGUAAUGAGGGAUUCAGAGAAAGAAGCGAUAUCAUCAGUUUGGCCGAGGCCAAGAAAAACACUGGUAUCUUGGAACAGUGGGGACACACUAUCAAAAAGCUCGUCUGGGCUUGA